AUGCGCUCUUUUAUUCUACUGGUCGUCAUUAUUGAUUGGGCCAAAUGUCAGGAAUCACAACCGCAGUGCCAAUGCGUAACGCCGCCACCGGGAACGUCACAGCCAUGUCUGCCGUACGACUCGCGAUUCCAAGCCGCCACUCUCCAGGAAGCGAUGAUAUCGUUCCCAGAUCUAACAAUUGAUCAAGAGGAACCGGGACAGAUUGCCACUUUAAAAGAAAAAGAAGCUUGUCAAACAAAAGAAUGUGCCGAAUGCCAGAACGAAAUGAAGAAAAAACUCAUGAAGGUCGAGGAGACGACGAGAUGA